UUGUAGAAUUUCAUUCGUUGGAGUUCGUCGCUUCCGUUUGACGGACUUGUGCGACGUAAUCGGGUGUGUGCGAAAGUAUGAAGUGAAAUCGUACAAAAAGUGUGUGAAAUGUUUAGUGGUAGUUUGUAUAGUGUUGAGAUUUCAAAAUGAGUGCGAACGGAUAGUUGUGUUUUCUUUUUUGGUCUAUGAAACACUGUGUGAUUGCUGUACACGUAACAAUUUCAGAUGAACUGUUUCAAAAUGGCUGUGUUUUGAAGGACCCUUUGUCCGCUUUCGUGUGCUUCUUUCAGCAUGAUAGUGGGAUCGUACUGUCACAAUUUUGACUUCGAGAGGUGAGGAAGGUCCUUGAUAAGAUUUAGUGGCUUUGGUGUAGCGACGCGGAGUGGAAAAUUACUGGUUCCCGCCGAAGUGCGGUGUCGGUCGAUUGCUUUCUACGCAAGCGAUACGAAACGCUCACUUGCGACGUGGAAUGCAUGUCAUGUACCCGGAGCCGCCGGCGCAAUAUCGCAGAAGUCAGCCCGAGAGCACGCAGCCUAAUUACCAGCCGGCCGUGUCGCCGGCGCGCCAGCAACCAGCCAAGAAACGUCGCGUGCUGAGCCCUACGGCGUCACACACGCAACAACACGUACAAUCGGACACCACCGGCUACAAGAACAAGUGUUGGUCAGGCGUCGGGCCGGGCUGCUGCGCCGCGCCCGCCGUGCCGAGUCGCGCGUGCGAUGCGGAGCGGUCCCCGCCGCCCGCGCCUCCACCCGCUCCGCCUGUGCAUUGUACCAGACCCUGCUGCCGCGACGCGACUGUUGGAGAUAGCGGGGACCAGCUUCGGGCGCAGGUUGGCAGCGGCGCUGCUGGCGUCGCGGGCGCUGCAGGCGCUUCGAGCGCGGCGGGCGCGCGACACAAGACGGCACCGCAGGUCGCAACGACGACGGCCCACAGCAAGCAGCUGGCGGCGGGUGGGCCGAACCCGCCCCAGCCGCAAGGUAACCACAAACGCUCCGGCUGCGGCGGUGAUGGCGACUACCAGCUGGUACAGCAUGAGGUGCUCUACUCCUCGUCGAAUAGGUACGAGGUUCUGGAGUUCCUCGGGCGGGGUACAUUCGGUCAAGUGGUGAAGUGCUGGAAGAAGGGCACGAAUGAAAUAGUCGCCAUUAAGAUACUAAAAAACCACCCCAGCUAUGCUCGCCAAGGGCAGAUUGAGGUGUCAAUCCUCUCUCGGCUGUCGCAAGAGUCGGCGGACGAGUUUAACUUCGUGCGCGCGUACGAGUGCUUCCAACACCGGUCGCACACGUGCCUCGUGUUCGAGAUGCUCGAGCAGAACCUGUACGACUUCCUCAAGCAGAACAAGUUCUCGCCACUACCACUCAAGUACAUCAGGCCGAUACUGCAGCAGGUGCUCACCGCGCUGCUCAAACUCAAACAACUGGGUCUAAUCCAUGCGGAUUUAAAACCAGAGAACAUAAUGCUGGUGGAACCCGCGCGGCAGCCUUACCGCGUGAAGGUGAUAGACUUUGGAAGUGCUUCCCACGUCAGCAAGGCCGUCUGCAACACCUAUUUACAGAGCAGAUACUACAGAGCACCAGAAAUAAUCUUGGGGCUGGCGUUCUGCGAGGCUAUCGACAUGUGGUCGCUCGGCUGCGUAGUGGCCGAACUCUUCCUCGGAUGGCCCCUCUACCCGGGCUCAUCCGAGUACGAUCAAAUUCGAUACAUCUCACAGACACAAGGUCUGCCCACAGAACACAUGCUCAACAGUGCGAGCAAAACAGCGAAAUUCUUUUACCGGGACGUGGACAGUACAUAUCCGUUUUGGCGGUUGAAGACCCCAGAGGAGCACGAACUAGAGACCGGCAUCAAGAGCAAAGAGGCGAGGAAAUACAUCUUCAACUGCCUCGACGAUAUAGGCCAGGUUAACGUACCAACUGAUCUGGAAGGCGGCCAAUUGUUGGCUGAGAAAGCAGACAGAAGGGAAUUCAUAGAUUUAUUGAAGAGAAUGCUAACUAUGGACCAGGAGAGAAGAAUAACACCGGGCGAAGCGCUAAACCACGCAUUUGUGACCUUGGCACAUUUAGUCGACUAUGCCCAUUGUAAUAACGUCAAGGCCUCCGUACAAAUGAUGGAAGUGUGCCGGCGCUCCGGCAGCGGCGUGGGCGGCGUGGGUGGCGUGGGCGCCGUGGGCGUGGGAACCGAGUAUGGCGUCGGCGGCGUCGGUGUCGGCGUUGGCGUGGUGGCGCCGGCCGCCGCGCCCGCAGCACACCACCUUGCGCUCACUAUCAACCAGCAGAGGUUGCGUGCUGCGCCCUACGACAACCUGUACCAACUAUACCAAGGCGGUCGGGUUGCGGUAGGUGGCGCGAGGCAGUACGCCACUCGUGCGGCCGAACCAUUCCCGCACCAAUUCGUCUCGUCAAUACUGUGCCAGCCCGCUUACCAGGUAUGUCAGGUACAGCAGUUAGCGGCGGCGGCGGCUGCGGCCGCGGCGGCUCACCACCAGCACGGUGUAGCUGGCGUUGCAGGCGUCGGUGACGUGGGCGCGGUGGGCGAGUGGCGAGCGCCGCUUAUCGUUGAACCAGCACCUCUACCCGAGCCCGAAGUCUGGGAUCCCUUCCAUCCGCACCACCCGCAACACCAUCACCCGCAUAAAAGAUCAACAAAGCAGCAAGCGGCCGCGGUACCGCACUAUCCGCCGCACCACCAAACACAUCAAUACAGUAUGGCGAACAGCGGGAGCAAGAAGGAGCCCACUCAACUGUCGCCCGUCAAGAAGAGGGUGAAGGAGGGCACACCGCCGUCGCGGCACCGGCAUCAUCAUCACGACCACUCAACAAUAUGGUCGAUGUACAGGAACAGCCGAGGCGCGACCGGCGCCUGGGAGUCCAGCGCCGUGGGACCCAGCGCUGGGGUCGCGGCUGCCGCUGUCGGCAGCAGCGUCGGCGGCGUCGUGUGCGGCGCUGCCCACCACACGAUCACCAUCCGCGACACACCAUCGCCCGCCGUCUCCGUCAUCACCAUCUCGGACUCCGAUGAUGACAGCGAUCAGCCGCGUCGCAACCGUCAGCCUGUCGCCAACGCACCGCAGCCGCACAAUAACAGAGGCAGUAGCGGCGAGUGCGUGGCGACGGGCGCGCAGGGUAGCGGCAGCGGAAGUGGUAGCGGUAGUGGAAGCGGCAGCGGUAGCGGCGGCGGAGCGGUAGUCAGCGGCGGAGUCAUCUGCAGCGCCCGCUCCUCCGACGACCGACACGUCAAGCACGAGCCGCACCAGCAGCACCAACCUUGCCAUCACCAUCACCUGCAACAGCCCCAACAGCAGCAGCCGCCAUCUAGUAACAAUGCGCAGUCGAGCGGCCGCACGGGUCCGGCCCCGCAGGCGACGCCGCAGAGUCAGAAGAAGCGAUUGCUUGCGCUCGCGCAGCAGGAGGCGCAGGCCAAGCGCGAGCCGCAGCCCGAGCCGCAGCUGCACUACGCACCGAGCGGUUCGACAGUACGCCAAACGAACGAGUACCAAUGCAAUCAAUAUGUUCCGGCGCAACAUAAUAAAAGGGAUAGUAGCGGCGGUCGAGGCGAGUACCUGUCGGCGGGCGUGGGCGGCGUGGGCGGCGUGGGCGGCGUGGGCGGCGUGGGCGGCGUGGGCGCGGUGAGCGUGAGCGUGAGCGGCCCGCCCGCCGCGCACAAGCAUGCGGCGCCGCACGCCUGGCAUCAUCAUCCCCAUCCGCAUUAUAAAACUGGGAGUGGUGGUGUUUUAUCCCCGGGCGGUGGCGUUUCUCCAGGAUACCUUCCGCCACCUCUUUAUGUACCUACUUACCACUAUCAUACCGGCGGAGUGGGUGGUGUGGGCGGCGUGGGCGGCGUGGGCGGCCCCCCUCCCGCACACCACGCGAGCGGGGCCCGCCUACCGCCCUACCUGCAGACGUACUCGCCCACGUACCUCGUGCCGCAGCAUCCGCAGCACCCGCAGCAUCCCCAGCACCCUCAGCAGCAUCUCUGGUACACCGACUGAACUCACACCCAUUUCCUCGCGCUCGCUGUCCUCGGGUGACCUCUCCCCGCUCCGCCUCGACAGCUGCGGCUCACUCCACUCUAUAUACUUCGACUACUUCAGCCCGCCGCUCCUCACCGACAGCUACCGAAGCGACUACUACAGUCUGGGCCACCCGAGCACCGAGUACAGUUCCACGAAUUUACGCGUGUCCACCCCCCUCGACGGGCGCUCUAGGGAGCCGUCGUUUCGGUCGACUGACUUUUGUCGAAGCGAACGCUCCGAUCACUAAACUGUUCUACGAAUGGAAUGUUCCAGAAACUUCGAUGAUCUUCAUACUAAUUAAUUUGAGCGUCUGUAUAUUACAUACUUGUGUAUGACUUCCGCACUCAGCGGCCCUUAUCGACGAGCGAGACGGCGAUCUGCUCGCCUAUAAGGGAGCCCGAGUGGUCCCCGGGAGCCGGACACGCUCGAUCGAUUCAAGCACACUGCAAUUUUUAAUUAAAUCUAUGACUAGUGUGUGUCGCGCGUCGUGUGCCACGUUCCUAACAAUGCCCCCUAACGACGUAUAGUCGUUAGGUUUUUAAUGUAAAUUUAUUCGGCUAGAAGUUUUAGUUUUAGCCAGUACGAUCUACCAUGUGUAAUCGCGGAUCGAUGUUAUACUUAACAAGUAUAUAAUGUUUAAGUUUAGAUAGGCAGCGAGACGCUGUCUCCCUGGUCGGUCGCCUAUUGUCAGCACUGCAUACAUAAUUCUUGUUUGUUCGUACAAUCGUACGUUAGUAAUUAGAGUUUUGUUCACGUGUAUUAUAUGGAUUUGUAAAUUUGGCGUUCAUUAUGGUUAUUUUGCUGCAGUAACCCUGCAAGUAGGAUUGCAUUUACUAAUAUUUUAUUGUAGGUGUUAGUGUUUGUACCAAAUCUUUUAUUGGGAUGUGUAAUAAUAGUGGAGUGACGGCGCGGUCGUUGGUACUGACUGCGGCGAAGGUCGUACGAACGGCCUCGUCGUACAGUUUUAAUUGUACGUGACCGGUGAAUUUGUCAAUUAUAAUUUUUCAUUUUAAUUUCUAUACUUAUAGUUGUUAAUGGAUUCGCUUUAGAUAUCGAGAAUGGAUUUUUACGUUCCAUAUCAGGUAGCGUUGUAGCGGGAGUGUAUCCCACGUGUUUAAUAAACAAUUAUGCUGUGUUUAAUCGCAUUAACGACUUUGUAUUAUGUAGAUUAAUGUGUUUAGGGCGCGGUGAUGGACUACUUGUAUAGAUGUAGAUUCAACUAUAUUAAAAAAAUAAAAUAAAAAUAAAAAACGAUAAACAUCGUAAGAGUUUUAUAAACAUUUAGUAUGCACUAAUGGAUAGUUAACAAGUUAAUAUAUAUGUAUAUUAUUCUCAUUAGAUAGAUGGAAAUUAUUGAAACAACAAAUUAAUCUUCUUUAUUAUAAAUAAAAGCGUUUAUUUACGACUGCAAUUUAGGGUUCGCGUAGUGUUUAGUGACACUUAUUUUGCUGAAUUGUUACGCGUCAGUUUGCCGUUACAUUACGCCGUAUGGCAGGCCCAGCUGUGUACUACAUGUAUUUGAGCACCGAUGUAUUGAGUUCCAAGCGAUACGCACGCACGCAUUUCGGGUCUCUGUAUAUAAGUAUUAAGUAAGCCAUGUACAAGUCUCAUAUCAUAAAACCACGUCGUUUGUCCGAUUGCGUGCGUCGCUUGUCCCCCUCCUCCCCUUUUGUUCGUCAUCAUUAUUAUUAUUAUUUUUGCUUAUUCCCUAGUAUUUAGUUUGAAUAUUUUAAGUGUUUUUACAUAUAAUCGAGGCUUUCAUGUGACGCCUCAUGAUAACAUUCUUUUAUAUUGAUAUGUUGUUGUAAUUUUAACUAUUAAAAUUACUUUUAUGACAAGACUAUGUAUCUGUAUUAAUUUAGUUUACAUUUUAGUGAAUUAUUGCUGCGUGACAAUAAUAUUUUAUUUAGAUUUAUAUACUUCGGUUCUAGUUGUUGUAAUGCAUCAGUAUAUUUGAUUCGUUUGUAUCAACUACGUAACUCGUCUGAACAUUGCAUCGAAUACGCUGUUUUAAUUACAUUAGAGUCCAAUUUCAUUUGUUGGUUUAAUUUGAAAUUGAAUACCUUUCAAAAUUAUGUCACAAUCAAUUCUCUAACUUGACAAUAAACUGUUGCAAAAAAUUUUUUUUUUUUUUCAGUAAGAUUAAUUAUUUAGCUUGCUCUAUGCAAUGUUUAUAUUACAUACACCUAAAAAUUAGAUGUUGUAUUUUUUUUAUUAGUUUCUUUUCAUUAUUAAGUUCGAACGAAUUAAUUAGGUAUACAUAGAAAAUUUGUCAUUUUAAUUAAAUUACAUUUUUUAAUUAUUAAUCUGUUCUAAGCCUACUAUCACUUAUUUUUUUAGUUACAAGUUAAUUUUUCUACUUAUAAAAUUCUAUUUUAAAAUUAUUAUAAUUUAAUAUUUUAAAAUAUUAUUAUAAAAAAAGUCAUUAUUACUUAUAAUUCUUGUGAUUAAUUCCUUACUUAAAAAUAGUGUAUUCAAAAUUGACUUGGACAGAUCAGUGUGUACACUGACUCUGUAGAGUUACAGUGAAGCAAACUUGCAGCCCAGUUUAUAAUACAUAUCUUAAUACAGUAAAAAAUCAAUUUACAACCUCUCAUUUUAGGUGUAUGUGAGCGUAGUAAGAGAUUGCCUCUAACGAUGCGUAGUCAAUGAUCUCUAUACUGCACCCUUAUCGUAACCCCCCCAGUUUGUUUCCCUAACCGCCACGGUAUGGUCAGCGCAAACUGAAUCGAAUAAUUUUAUAUCCCCAAUAUUUAUAAUGCACAAAAUAGAAACAUAUUAAACGGUAAUAAUAAUUACAAAAUAGAAUUAAUUUGAAUUUUUUGAUUUUUUUCUUUUUUUUUUAAUUGUACAAGACAUUUCUCACAGAGAUUUUGUUAUCUGUCAAAGUAAUAGCUGUUCUAUAAUUUUUAAUGCUAUGCGAAUGAUCUAUUUUAAAUUAUACAAUAUGAUUUUGUAUAAGCUUAUAUCGCUUCUCGUGUUUAUUCAUAUGGAUGUAUAGUUGUAACAGUUUUAUUCAAACUGCAAUUGAUAGGAAGUUUCUAUGAUGCUUUUUGUGAUUGUAAGUUUAUACUUUUGUGUAGCGAUAGGAUUGUUAUUUUACUAACAGUGUUGUAGUGAUUCUGUUUGCGCGGACCUCGUGCGGCCAAAUUGUAAGGUCUAGUAAUGUAUUACAUAUUAAUAAGUCGGAGUUUUGGGGUUUUAUUUUUAAGUGUAUUAACGAUGGAAUGUUAACAUUUACUAUGUAAUUAUUAUUAUUUUUUUCUUAGCUAGUAAAACAUUUAUUUGAGUAUCGUUUAGUCGAAGUUAUUUACUUACUACUUAUUAUUGUGCAUAUGGAGAAUCUUCCCUAGACAGUUCGGUCGUACAUACAUGCACUCUAAUAUUGAUAAUACUACAUACUACUGUGAUCUAUUUCCAUAUAAUUAUUAGUUUGAAACUAUAUAAUUUGGGCGGUUGCAAUAACAUUUUACUUUUGUAAUAAAAUUGCAUAUUUGCGAAGCACAUAAGUUAACACGAAGUAAACUGAAUUUCCAAUAAAUUUCCUGUACAUUGGCGAUCUCUACAAUUGUCUAUACAUAUAGUAUAUCGACCGAUUAAAUGUACAAAUACUCCAUAUGAGGAUGUGAAUUUUGCUAUUGUGUUUAUAUAAUUCAUUUUUAUAUCGUUUUAGUUUGACUAUGUUUCUGUCCCGGUGCGCGUGCGCACCUUAUUCUAUUCCACUGUGAUUGUAACUGCUAUGUUGGUAUUCAUUAAUUUUAUCUGUGAAGUGAUUGUAAUACAUUAUAAUGUUUUCGUGCAAAACUGAAUCAAGUACCGUGGGUACUAGCUGAUGUCUAACUAUAUUAAUGGGUAUUGUUGUUUUAAUGUAGCGUAUAGGACGGCUUGUGUUAACGCAAGUGGAAAUCAUUAACAUUAUAAUAUAUGGGUUUAUAAGAAUAGCACACACGUUGCUUAAGUUUUCCUUGAAUCAAAUUAUUAGACAUGAAAUUGUAAAUAAACAUCCAGAUAUCCUU